CUGUUCCUAGAAAGUAAAAGUUGUAAAAACUUCGGCUGGCAGGUGGAGGCGCUGGAGGUCCGUGGACGGUAGCGGUGCUGCGUGUGGGAGAAGCCGCCUGUUGGUGCCGUUCUGGGGCAUGUGGCUCAGAGGAAUGGGGCCGUCUUCCACCCUGACCCAUCGAUGAGAAAAAAAGAAAAAAGGCGACCGAAAGGGGGAUGCACAGCGGGGCAGGAGAAAGGCAGCUUUACAGGCGGAAAAUCGUGGCUGCUGAAGCUGCUGAACAUGGAGAGUCGCCUGGUUUGUGGGAUAAGCGGUGCCGUGGGGGAACAGUGAGUUUUUAGCAGACACGGGUUUGAUUUCCACUUUGUUCCUCGAACCGUUUGCGUUGUUAAACACAUCUGCAACGAUGCGGGCUGUGGACCGGAGCAGGACCGCCGCGAUUCUACUCUGCCUUUUCGGACACCUUUUCUCCAAAGCUGCUACCAAAACAUUACAGGAGGACACGGCUACACAAGAGGUGACUCUGAAGGUUCACCUGAGCGAUGCCAGCACUCACCAGCCCCUGGUUGGAGCCACUGUACAGCUUUUUGCCAAUCGUACUUCUUUAACAACGGAAACCUCAUCAGCUGACGGCAACAUUUAUCUGCAUUUUCCCUAUCGCCUUGGGACGCCGCUUGUUGUCACUGCAACUAAACAGGGAUAUGUGCCUAACUCUGUGCCCUGGACUCCCUCCAGAUUACCUGUAUUUUCAUCCAUUAGCCUGGACCUGCUGCCAGAAAGAGCUGCUACUCUGAUGGUGUACGAAGAUGUUGUUGAGAUUGUUCCAGGAUUACAAGGUUUAAGAGUCCAGCCCAGGGUUAGUUUCCCACACAGAGCUCUCAGUCUUCCUCCCAACACAUCGUACGCCAACCUGACUGCGCUGCUCACCGUGGCAAGCUCCCCCUCACACAUCCAGCACUUUCCCCACCUGGAGAUGCUCAAUGGCAACAGCACAGGCACGGAGAAGACGUUCGAGUUGACUCCUGUCGCAGCCAUCUCUGUUCACCUGUUGGCCGGCGAUGGAGUGGAGCUGCAGGUGACUGGGCCAAUCACCUUCUCUGUGCCCCUCCCGCCUGACAGUGGCCUGAAGGAAAAUGAUCACCUCCCUACUUGGAGAUUUGACCCACGCUUAGGUAUCUGGAUAAAGAGCAGCUGGGCUCAAGUGCAGAGGACGGGAAACCAGCUCAGUCUAACCUAUAUUGUUCCUCAGCUGGGGUAUUGGGUGGCCGCCAUGUCGUCUCUACACACCGACUUCCACCAAACAGCUUUUUCUCUGGUGCUACAACACGUCUUUGUAACAGGUCCAAUGGUUGCGAAGGACAUCAGCACGUACCACACUGUGUUUCUGUUGGCCAUACUGGGAGGCAUGGCUCUCAUCCUGCUCUGUCUGCUCUGCCUCCUGCUGUACUACUGCAGACGUCGCUGUUUGAAGCCACGAGGGUCUCACCGCAAGCUUACGCUGUCCUCUGGACUGGACAGCAGCAAGAGGGACCAAGCCACGUCCAUGUCUCACCUGAACCUCAUCAGCAAUGAGGUGCAGCUGGAGCUUGUUUCCACGGGGACUGAGCCUGACAUGACCACUCCGAUGCUCAAGCCUUCCUCAUAUGAGCACCAAGACAAUCAACGUCAACACAGCCUUAUCCAUCAAAACAAACACAGCCGCUCCUCUCUCGGCAACAACAGCCACCACGGAUCAUCUCUGGGCAAUCUGACCCCUCGCAGCCGAGACUACCGACAGUCUGUGGAGACGUUUCAGCUGAAGGCUGCUCUGUCAUCGGGGACAGAGAGGGGCUACCGUCAAUCAUACACCUCCUUCUGUUCAUCUAGCAACCAGAUUUCAGAUGCAUUGUCAUCCACUAAUCAUGGUCAAGUGUCAGCUACACAGCUUAGCAGUGUUGGGAUUAUUGAUUGCAUCUCCCCUUCCUCUCCUCCGCACUCCCCCAGCAGAGGGGAGGGAGGUGAGUGCAGGGCUCCCGACCACCUUCUGUCCCGGUCUGUGGACCACCUGGAGCGGCCCAGUCCACAGUUGCUCUCCCGGCCAGGCCAGCUGCUCUGCUGCGGCUCUGUAGAUCUGCUGAGUGGAGGUGAAGGCUACUCAAGAGUGCGACCCACUCUUGUAAUCCCAGCACACUACAUGCGGCUGCCUGGGGAGCACCCUCUGUCUGGUCAGGCCCUCCUGCUGCAGACUGACCAGCAGAGCGACUUAGAGACCAUCCAGGCUGAGCUCAAUGCCUCACAUUCCCAGCAGCCCCUGGGGCAAACCCCCACUGACUGUGACCCAGGUCCAAAAAAGCAGGGUGAAGGCGAGGGUCUCUCAGGUCUGUCAGAGUCUCUGUCUAUUCCAGGAGCUCUCGGGGAGUCGGGUCUUGUGGAAAUAAACAGCGAGGACACCUUGCUGGCUGAAAAGACUUUAAUGGAGCUGAGAGGAGGGAAGCCUCUGCCUCACCCACGAGCCUGGUUUGUCUCCUUGGAUGGACGCUCCAAUGCUCACAUUCGCCACUCCUACAUCGAUCUCCAGCGGGCAGGGUGCCACAACAACAACAACAGCACGCCAGGUGCAGGAGGUCAGCAAGGUAGCAGCCGCCAAGGGAGGCAUGGCAGUUGUAACGAUGCCAGUUUGGACUCGGGUGUGGACCUGAACGAGCCGAGAGUGGGGCGCAGGGGAAGAGAUGCUGAGCAGGAGGAAAGGGGGCUUGAGAAAGACAGAUCAAAGGGGCCGACGCCAGCCUCGGCCUACACUCAGCUGGUGUUUGUGGAUGAUCUGAACGUGGGAGGCUGUGAGCAGGAGAAGUGCACCCACAAGGGCAGCAAAUCUGGACCUGUCUUGUCAGACAAAGCAGAGAGUAACAGAGUGGAUCAGGGGCAGGGGGAUGCAGUGGGUAAAACAGCUGAGGGAGUACAAAUACAGGAGGAGCCACCCUCACUUUCCUCUGCAUCCCCUACUUCUCCUCCACCCCUUCCAACUCCAGAGGGAGUGACUUUCAGGACUGAUCACGCGCUGCUGUCAGUGUCUCCGGAUGAGGACGCAGCACACGAUGAUGCAGAGGAGGAGAAGAAAAGCCCCUGGCAAAGGAGGGAGGAGCGACCCCUGCUGGCCUUCAACCUCAAAUGAUUCACAGAUGACAAUUAAAGGAAAGAUUCACUUUUUUUUCCAAGUCUGUUUAAAGUAGAACACCAGUUUAAAGCUUUUUUUAGUUGCCAUGCUGUUUUAAAAAAAAAUCAGCGUUAAUUAAACAAUCUCUUUCCCAUUCUAGGAAAAAUUAAUCAAAGUUAACAAGACGUUGAGCACAGUUAAGUCAGGUUUAAUCAAAAUCUCAGUGAAAACUGAUCUUCAAGUUGAAAUGAGAAGUACGCUAAAUAUUUAACAUUUAAGACGUGGGAGAGCGUCUCAGUAUGCGUGCCAUAAAGCAGCGAUAAAAAAGCAUAACCACACUGCACAGCAUUGCCGCUAAAAACAGGAUUUGUGUGUUGCCGAGAGAGCUGUACCCCACCCCUCCAACUCAUGCUCAAAGAAUGAGGUGUCCUGUUCCAAGCAGAAGUAGUGUUGUUGAGGUUAAAGUGUCAUCGUGUUCUUAUUAUUGCUGUUUUGAGCAUUUUCUAGUAAACUAAGCAACUCACAAAGUCACAUUAGAGGCAUGCUCAAUGGUAAUCCUGUCCACUAAUGUGGCUGAAUGCAUCCAUUCUGAUGAGUGCAACUGUGAUUUAUUUCCUCCAUUUUUCAAUACACUUCACUUUCAGAGGCACCAUCUUUGCAGGCACUAGGAGGAGAAGGAAAGGUACUAGGAGGAGGAAAAAUAAUCAGGAAACACACGUGCAUGUCGGUUCUGCUUUGAAACAGACUUGAAAGAGUGUAAAUCUGUCCGUUAACCACAACGACUCCUCUGCUCAGACCACAACAUGAAGGAUAUAUGUGUUUAAAUUGAAGCCUUUUGUUCUUAAUAUAGCACUGAAUCAAUAUUUUAGCACUGGGACCCCAUCUGGUUGAGAAAUGAACACUUCUGCUGGACUCUUAAUGACCACUGUUGUACUUCACUUUUCAUGAAACACUACGUAAACAGACCACUCGUCAGGCGUGGCGAACACAUUGCCUGAGGGGAGACAUAAAGACGCUGGAGGCACGAAAUUAGGAUAUUUUAUGCACAACAAAUAUAUGCCUUUUUAAUAAAUAGCCUUGCAAGCAUAAAUGAACUGUAGUAGAAGCAGUCGAUGGGUGGUUCAUGGAAAAUCCAAGACUACAAAAAACUUUCUUUCUUGAGCCAUAUUGGCCUCAGUCCAUUAGCUUAAUCUAGUAACAUGCAGCAACACUCGUUUGAAAGUUAUAACCCCGGUUUGUUCACGCUGACUGAUGUCUGCGAUUAUGAAACAUCUGUGCAAAACGGGGCAGCCGUGUUCGAGGGAUUUACUUUGAACGGUUGGUGGUAUGUUGCUAGAGUUUAAUCUAGCCUAUCAGAAGGCUUUGUGGGAGAUAAAGUUUCUGGACUGAGGAGGUUUAACCACUAUCUGCUCUGUAGCAUAAUCAGAUAAUGUGACACACCGCUAUGCUGGUGGGUAAGGAUGUAAUACCACUUCAAAGCCACCCAAAUUAGUUGUGAGGGAUAUUGGUAUGAAGGGUUUUGUAACUGUUGAACCACUGACUGGUGUAUUUUUUAUGUUUUGCUUUGAAGGCUAUGCAUAACUUUUAUAUGGCUGCUUGAUGCCUUUUUUUGUAAUUUUAAUCAUUAUAAUUUUAAUUGCCAAACAUGAAGUAUUUUAUCUGAGAAUAGGCUAUUUUUUUCUUUCUUUUAAAUAUGUUAAGGGCUUUUCCUCCGUACCCACCUUAACGUUCAAGCUAUAAAAGCAAACGCUCGAUAGCCUUUCACCUGAAAUACAAACUGUAUUUGCUUGCUGUGUUUCACCUCCAUUUGAACCACUCACCCACGAUCCAAGUGCCUUUGAAUAGCCUGACUCUACAGCAACUGAUUACCUUAUUUAUUUCUCACCUCCUUUUGCCUUCGUCCGCCCUCCCCCUCCUUCCUACCUCAGCCCUUACUUUCUCUCCUGCUUGUGAAAGAAAGCAUGCAGUAAACUUUCCUCAGCACUAGCGUAUAACAAGCUACACUGCAGACAUCUCAGAAAAUGUCUACCAGCUGCUGCAAUCGUAAAAUCCUCUACAGUAAUCAGCAAGAGUUCAGUCUCCCUCAGAGUAAGCAGUUAAAGAUGUUUUGUUUUUGUGUGUGUGUGUGUCUGUGUGUCUGUGUGCGUGCGUGUGGCACUGGAUAUGUGAAGCUACACUGCAGGUCGUUUCAGUGCAUUUUCUUAUUUUUGUGUUUUGUGGGUGAACGUUUGUCUGAAAUGUGUUUUGCAGUGGCGGCUGAGUUGAUGCUGACUGAUCAACAUGCAUCCAGUCAAGGUUCACAUAGACAAAGCAGCCAUAUUACAGAGUGUGUAUAGUCUUUCCUUACCUCUGCCUUAUCAAAAUAAUGUGUGUCUUUGUGUUAUGAAUGGCCUUUUCUCUUUUAGUUUCCCACACAGCAAUCUCCCCUUUUAGGGUGGAUGAGCAAUACAGUAUCUUUGAGUGUGUAAAUCAGAUGCUUGCAUUAUAUUUGAAGCCUGUUAUUCUGAAUAAACAGCCAAACUGGAAUUAA